AUGAUAUUUUUCCUGUGUCUGGUUCUCUUGCAGGAUUUUAAAAAUGGACCUCAAGUCGAAGCUACUGUAAGGUUGGUGAAUGGUUUCAAUUCUUGUUCUGGACGAGUGGAGGUUCUUUAUGGUGGUGUAUGGGGAACAGUGUGUGAUGAUGGCUGGGAUCUAUCAGAAGCUGCAGUGGUGUGUAGAGCUCUGGGAUGUGGAGAUGCUAUAGAGGCAAAGAGUGUUGCAUAUUUUGGACAAGGUUCAGGAUCUAUAUGGAUGGAUGAUGUAAGUUGUGUUGGCACUGAGUCUUCACUGAUAAACUGUGGAUUUGCGGGGUGGGGAGUAAACAAUUGUGGGCAUGGUGAAGAUGCUGGAGUCGUUUGUCAAGUUAGGUUGGUGAAUGGCAGUAACUCUUGUUCUGGACGAGUGGAGGUUCUUCAUAAUGGUCAAUGGGGAACAGUGUGUGAUAACGGCUGGGAUCUAUCAGACGCUGCAGUGGUGUGUAGGGAAGUUGGCUGUGCAGAUGCCCGAGAGGUGAAGAUUGGUGCUUAUUUUGGGGCAGGUUCUGGACAAAUAUGGAUGAAUGCUUCACAAUGUACUGGGAGUGAGACUUCAUUGGUGAGCUGUUCAUCCACAAAAUGGGGGAUACAGAACGGUAUCCACUCAAAAGACGCUGGAGUCAUCUGUAAUCUUCAGCAGACAGUUAGGUUGGUGAAUGGCAUUAACCCAUGUUCUGGACGAGUGGAGGUUUAUCAUGAUGGAACAUGGGGAACAGUGUGUGCAGAUUCCUGGGACUCUACUGAUGCUGCAGUGGUGUGUAAAGAGUUAGGAUGUCCAACUGGUGCAGAAGCAAAACUAUAUACUUACUUUGGAACUGGUGUGGGAACAAUAUGGAUGGAUGAUGUUCAAUGUAGAGGGACUGAAUUGUCACUAACAGACUGCAAAUUUCUUGGAUGGGGAUCGAACAACUGCGAUCAUUCACGUGAUGCUGGAGUCAUCUGUCGAGAUGUUAGACUGGUAAAUGGAUCUAAUAAGUGUGUAGGUAGAGUGGAGGUUUUACAUAAUGAUCAAUGGGGAACCAUCUGUGAUGCUGGCUGGGAUUUAGCAGAUGCUGCAGUGGUGUGUAGUAGCAUUGGUUGUGGGGUUCCAAAGAAUGAUGAUUUCUAUGGGCAGGGUACAGGACCCGUGUGGCUGGAUGAUUUGCGAUGCUCUGGGAAUGAGUCAACAGUGACAAAAUGUCAAUCUAAGGAAAUUGGAACAAGUACCUGUAGCCAUGGACAAGAUGUUGGAGUCUUCUGUCGAUAUAUAAAGCUGGUAGAUGGAACGAGUUCAUGUGAUGGCAGAGUUGAGGUUUUUUAUAAUGAAAUCUUUGGUGCAGUGUGUCACACUGGCUGGGGUCUAGAAGAAGCUACAGUUCUGUGUAGACAGCUGGGUUGUGGUGAUGUUGCAGAGCCAACCUCAUAUGUGGGUCCAUUUGUUGGGCCAAAAUGGCUUGAUAAUCUUGGGUGUACAGGAAAUGAGUCGACACUGCAGACCUGUCCAUUUACGGGAUGGGGUGUCAGCAGUUGUGGGGAUGGACUUUAUGCAGGAGUUGUUUGCAAAAGUUUCAGACUGGUAAAUGGAUCGAAUCAGUGUUCUGGAAGAGUGGAAGUUUUAUAUAACUAUCAAUGGGGAACCAUCUGUGAUGCUGGCUGGGAUUUAACAGAUGCUGCAGUGGUGUGUAAGAGCAUGGGUUGUGGGACUCCUAUAGCAGCAAAGACCGGAGCUUUCUUUGGGCAGGGCUCAGGAACCGUGUGGCUUGAUGGUGUCAGUUGUUCUGGGAAUGAGCCAACAGUGAAAAAUUGUUCAUCAAAGGCAUUAGGAACAAGCACCUGCAGCCAUGGACAAGAUGCUGGAGUCAUCUGUAACCCUCCUGUCAGGUUGGUGAACGGUGAUAACUCAUGUUCUGGACGAGUGGAGGUUCUUCAUAAUGGGACAUGGGGAACAGUGUGUAUAGAUUCCUGGGACUCUACUGAUUCUGCAGUGGUGUGUGAAGAGGCCGGAUGUCCGACUGAAACCAGUUUGAGAUUAUCUGAGCAUUGUGACACGGUGCAGUAUCCUGCUGGAAGUGGCCAUCAGAAGAUGGGUACACUGUGGUCAUAA